CCCAUCAUGAGCUGCCAAGCUGGUGAUCGUAGCCUAAACGCAAAGCGCCUCCACUUUCUUCUGGUUCCUCUCUUGGCACAGGGCCACUUGAUCCCCAUGGUCGAUCUGGCUAAGCUCCUUGCAGCCCGUGGCAUGCUAGUCACCUUUGCCACUACUCCGGUCAACUUGGCCCGCAUCCAACCUACCGUUGCCUCCAACCUCCCCAUCCGCUUCGUUGAGCUCCCCUUCCCGGCUGCGGAUUUCGGCCUCCCUGAUGGCUGCGAGAGCGCCGAUCUCAUCCCCACUGCAGACCUCUUCAUCCCGUUCAUGAAUUCCUUAACCCACCUCCGCAAGCCGCUCGAGGACCACCUCCGCGUCCCCGACCCAACCGGAUGGCCGAAGCCUGCCUGCCUCAUCUCUGACAACCUUCAACAUUGGACAGCCGAAGUUGCCACCAGUCUUAAAAUUCCCCGUCUCAUCUUCCACGGCCCAUCUUGCCUCUUUCUCUUCUGCGACCGCUUCAUCAAGCAGCAUAAUGCCGAGCUUGAGGCUGCCGUGGACGCAGCGCCGAAUGGAUCCAUCAUGAUUCCGGGCCUUCCGCAUUCCAUUCACAUCAAAAGGCGCGACGUGAUAUCAGUUUUGCGCUCGGAUCCAGGAUGGUCCAAAUAUGUGGAAUCCAUCAGGGUGGCAGAAGAAUCGGCCAAUGGUGUACUUGUCAACAGCUUCGUCGAGCUCGAGCCCUGGUACUUUGACAAGUAUCACGAUAGUACGGGGAAGCCUGUAUGGCCUAUAGGUCCGCUCUCUCUCCAUAAAGAAGAGCUGGAAGUCAAAGCAGAGCGGGGGCGUGUUUCAUCGGUCGACAACAAGGUCCUUUUCCAAUGGCUAGACAAGCAGAAGCCCGGUUCGGUGGUGCUCGUGAGCUUUGGAAGCAUAGCUCGCAGCACAAUGGCCCAGCUCGUGGAGCUGGGUCAUGGGCUGGAAGCAACGCAACGACCGUUUGUUUGGGUGGUGAAGGAAGCAGCGGAGAGGAAGAUUCCGGGAGUGGAGGAGUGGAUGGCAGAGUUCGAGAUGAGGGUGGAGGGGAGAGGAGUUGUGAUAAAGGGGUGGGCGCCACAGACAGUGUUGUUGGGGCAUGUAGCGGUGGGGGGAUUCAUGACGCAUUGCGGGUGGAAUUCGACGUUGGAGGCAGUAGCGGCAGGAGUAGUGAUGGCGACAUGGCCGCACUUCUAUGACCAGUUUUUGAAUGAGCAGCUGGUGGUAGAUGUGCUCAAAAUUGGGGUGGCGGUUGGGGUCAAAGAGCCGAGAUCGUUUGGAGUAGGGGAUCCUUAUGAGGAGGUCGUAAAUGUGAGGAGUGAGGAGGUUGAGAGGGCUGUGGAGAAAUUGAUGGGGGGAGGAGAGGAAGGGGAAGAGAGGAGGGAGAGGGCGAGGGAGCUCGAAAAGAUGGCGAGGAUGGCCAUGGAGGAAGAUGGUUCUUCAUGGAAGGGAUUGCAGGAUGUUAUCAAUUAUGCGUUGGAGUUCCAGGAGUACCUCCAACAGAAGCAUAUCCAUUUAGCGUCACCCACCAUGAGCUGCCAAGCAGGUGAUUGUAGAAUAAAGACAAAGCGCCUCCACUUUCUUCUGGUUCCUCUCUUGGCACAGGGCCACUUGAUCCCCAUGGUCGAUCUGGCUAAGCUCCUUGCAGCCCGUGGCACACUAAUCACCUUUGCCACUACUCCCAUCAACUUGGCCCGCAUCCAACCAACCGUUGCCUCCACCCUUCCCAUCCGCUUCAUUCAGCUCCGCUUCCCGACUGCGGAUUUCGGCCUCCCUGAUGGCUGUGAGAGCGCCGAUCUCAUCCCCUCUGCAGAUCUCUUCCUCCCUUUCAUGAAUGCUUUAUCCCACCUCCGCGAGCCGCUCGAGGACCACCUCCGCGUCCCCGACCAGGACGGAUGGCCGAAGCCCUCCUGCCUCAUCUCUGACAACCUUCAACAUUGGACAGCUGAAGUGGCCACCAGACUUAACAUUCCCCGUUUCAUCUUCCACGGCCCAUCCUGCUUCUUUCUCUUCUUUGACCACUUCAUCAAGCAACAUUAUGUUGAGCUUGUGGCUGCGGUGGAGACAGCGCCGACUGGGUCCAUCAUGAUUCCGAGCCUUCCGCAUCCCAUUCACAUCAGCAAGCACGAGGUCUUAUCGGCUAUGCGCUCGGAUCCAGAUUGGUCCAAAUAUAUGAAAUCCAUCCGGGUGGCAGAAGAAUCUGCUGAUGGUGUACUCGUCAACAGCUUUGUGGAGCUCGAGUCAUGGUAUUUUGACAAGUAUCGGGAGGCCACGGGAAAACCUGUGUGGCCUGUUGGUCCGCUGUCUCUCUAUGAAGAAGAGCUUGCAGUCAAAGCAGCGCGCGGGCGUGUUUCAUCUGUCGACAACAAGUUCCUCUUCCAAUGGCUAGACAGGCAGAAAGCCGGGUCGGUGGUGCUCGUGAGCUUUGGAAGCAUAGCUCGUAACACAAUGGCGCAGCUCGUGGAGCUGGGCCACGGGCUGGAAGCAACACAUCGACCGUUUGUUUGGGUGGUGAAGGAAGCAGCGGAGAAGAAGAUUCUGGGACUGGAUGAGUGGAUGGAAGAGUUCGAGAAGAGGGUGGAGGGGAGGGGAAUGGUGAUAAAAGGGUGGGCUCCACAGGCAGUGUUGUUGGGGCAUAUAGCUGUCGGGGGAUUCGUGACACACUGUGGGUGGAAUUCGACGUUGGAGGCGGUGGCGGCGGGGGUGGUGAUCGCGACAUGGCCAAAUUAUUAUGACCAGUUUUUGAACGCGCAAUUGGUUGUGGUUGUGCUUAGAAUUGGGGUAGAGAUUGGCGUCAAAGAGCCGAGAUUGUUUGGCGUAGGGGAUGAUGAUGAGGAGGCAGUGAAAGUGAGGAGGGAGGAGGUUGAGAGGGCUGUGGAGAAAUUGAUGGAGGGAGGAGAGGAAGGGGAAGAGAGAAGGAAGAGGGUGAGAGAGCUUGGAAAAAUGGGAAGGAUGGCCUUGGAGGAAGGAGGUUGUUCAUGGAAGGGAUUGCAGAAUGUAAUCAGUUAUGCGUUGGAGCGUAUGUAACAAGAGACAUAAAAUCAUAUUGUCAUGCAAUAACUUACAUCGAGAUGUGCUAAUUUUUUUCUGAAUAUAAUUUUAUCUCAUGAUGUAAAAAAUAUUAUGCAUGGUUCACAUGUUGUCACGACGGUGUAAAUUAUGUCAUAUUAUAGUUAGAUGUGUGGUGUAGAUUACAUCACAUCAUUGUUAGGUGUAUAUUCCAAAAAUAUCAAUAAUUAAGUGGAUAUUAAG